AUGCAUCUCCCACGGCCCCUGAUAUCGAAACUAUACCUGCACCUACAGAAGACGCGCCACGCCCUCGCACCGCCCGUCCUGAUCCUCGUCGCCCUCGAGCCCGACGCACUCUGCGCCUGCCGCAUCCUCACCCGCCUCCUCAAACAUGAUUACAUCCCGCACAAGAUCCAGCCCGUUUCGGGCUACGCGGAUCUCGAGCGCGUCGGCCGGGACCUUGUCAGCCCCAUGAUGCAGACCCGCGGCGGCUCCGGCGGUGUGGUGGUCUGCCUGGGCGUCGGCGGCACCGUGGAUCUGGGCGCCAUGCUCGGUCUCGAGCCCGAUGAGGAGGAUGCAGCCAGCGGUGGCGUUGAUGCGUACAGCGGGGUGGAAGUAUGGGUCAUCGACUCUCACAGACCGUGGAAUCUAGGCAACGUAUUCGGAGGCCAUCCCCUCGAGCCCGAGACUGCCGGCGGAUCAAGGGCUUUUUCCUCUAGGGCGCCCCCAGGUGUCUCAAACGGCCGUAUAUCUCAUGCCUAUAAGCCCUCCAAGGGUGGCAUCAUCGUUUUUGACGACGGGGAUAUCGAGGAGACUCUGGAGAAGGAGCGGGAAGCAUACAUGUCGUUGGUGGACAUGCCGGAUGUUGAAGACAAUGGGGAGGACCUGGAAGACAGCGACUCUGACAGUGGAUCUGAAAACAACGAUGACGCAGCAGAACAAGAGACUCCCGUUCGGGCGGGUCAAAAGCGCAAAUCUCUUGACGACUUUGACGAUGACGAAAGUGGAGACGACGACAGGCCAGCACAAAGACGGAGGAGCAACACGGGGAGUUCCAUUCCAGAAUCUCCACGGCGACCAGAGGGACGCGGGUUGAUAUCCAUGCAAGACUCGGCCGUGUUCUCCUCAAACGAUCCAAGCAACCCGCCGUCGGGUGCGCAGCCUCCAAAAGCCCUCUCUGCUCGAAAAAUGCGCAGGCAGUUACUGCGUCUACGUCGAGAAAAGGAGGCAACGCUGCGAAAAUACUAUCGUCUUGGCACGUCUUAUUCGGAACCUAUCUCUUCCAUGAUCUACUCCUUGGCUUCCGAGCUCGGUCGAGAGGAUAACGACAUGCUUUGGCUUACAAUAGUCGGCGUCACAUCUAUGGAGCUAUAUGGGCGGUCGUCGGCCGGAGUCGCGGUUGCAGCCCGCAGCUCUGAUAACAGGUUGAAAUCUGGUUGGAUGGGAAUGCGCGGCGCCAGCAUACGACAACUUCUGCGCGACGAGGUGCGCCGCCUGAAUCCGCCCGAGAUAUCUGGCAGCGGGCAGGGAAGGGCUUCGGCGGAAGGCCAGGGAAUCAUUCCGACGACGGCGAGGAGUCCCGAAGAUACCAGUAUCCGUCUCUCACCCGAGCCCAAAUUCCUCCUCAUCCGGCACUGGAGCCUGUACGACAGCAUGCUUCACUCCCCCUAUCUUUUCUCACGGCUGAAGAUGUGGAGCGAGACGGGCCUGAAGCGGCUGCACAAGCUCUUUGCCAAGAUGGGCGUCAGCCUCGUUCAGUGCAAACAGAGCUACACGCACAUGGACAUGGUGCUGAAGCGCGAGCUCCGAGUGAAGCUGCUAAAGUACGCAUCGCUGUAUAACUUGGAUGACAUGGUCCCCACGAUCGAUACAGACGGCAGGGACAGGGGUGGCGCCAAGGAUGGAUGGGGCUUCGUGCGUAGCUGGGGUUGGCGUGCUACGCUCAGCGCACAAGAUGUCGGCGUCGUCAUAGGAGCCCUUCUCGAGGUUGGGAAACAUGCGACCUCGUCGGAUGACUCCGCUGGUAGGGACGGAGCCUCCCAGUUGGAAGAGCCGGACGACAACCACCUGGAGAUGCUGAGUGAAGAGUUGUGCCCACGCUUCUGGGAGGCAUACGACGCGCUGGAGGAUAUCGAGGCGUUGAAGCAAGGGCUGCCCACGGCACAGUUUCUCCACCGUGCAAUCUUCAACACAGGCACCACGUUACUAAAGAAGAAGCAGAUCAGGCAUUUACGAGCAUUCCGCAUGUUCAUUGUCAAAGACGGACCAGACGUUGCCGUGUUCAACCAUCCCGGGGCGCUCACGAAGCUCACACUGUGGAUCGGUGAGGCGCUGGCCGAGCAGGAGAAGGAGGCCACAGGGCGUCUGAGCAACAAAGGCCGCGGUACCCCGCUAGUGGCGGCGUCACUCGACGAGAAGCGCGGUGUUUACGUCGUGGUGGGCACAGGUGGUGGAGGUGGCGUAGCGGACCUGCCGGCAGACAAGAAGAAGAAGGCCGAAGAGAAGAGGGCAAAGGCAAAGGCGCGAGAGGAAAGCCGCCAGGCCAAGGAGAAGAUACGCGAGGAGAAACGCGCAGCCAAGAGGGCGGCGGGUGCUGAAGACGAGGAGGAGACAGAGUCUGAGGGCUCCGACGACGACGACGACGAUGAAGAUUCCAGCGAGGACGAGGAUAAUGGGCCCAAGGAGAGGGGUCACGGCCUGAACCGUUUUGGCAAUGCGUUCCAGGACGUUGUGGCGGAAACGAAUGCCAGGAUACGUAUCGACAGCUUUGAACACUGUGUGGUUGAAGUCAAGAAAGAGGAUCUUGGGGGGUUCCUGGAAAGCUUGAGCAUGAAGGCUGUAGUGGGAUGA